CGAUGAAAAGAAUAUACUGGAUUUUGUGGAUCAUUCAUGCAGCAUUCAAGUAAAAUUUUCCUCUAACCAAGAUAUUGGCAUGUCUGUAAAGGUAUCGUGACUGUGUUUCAAUGUGAUACCAAGUUGAUGUGCAUAAUGAGUGGCUAGCAUUGAUAUGCUUGUGUAGGGAAUGCUUCAACAACUUCAAGUGACAUUUGAUGCAAACAUUUUAUUGAAUCUGUUGGAGUUUUAUGGUUUUGUUACAUCGUACAAAUUUUAUAAUGAGAGGGUGCUGUUGUCAUUGAAUGGAAUUGAAAAUGACACGACUCGACUCUUAUCCAAAGCAGAAUAUGUUGGUGUGAACCAUGGAAGAGUAGUGUGGGAUGUUUCUGUAUUUGGCGUUUCUGUUAACUUUCCAUGGAGAAAUACAGCAUCAGAGUGUAGCAACAUGGUAAUUAAGUCAAGGUCUUUGUGCUUUAAGUCCAAAAUUGGUCCUGAAUCUUUUUUCUCAGUUGUCGGGGAUCAACCUUACUUCCUGAAGAACUUUACAAAUACAAUAUCCACAUCUAAGGAUUGUUUAGGUGUCCGACUACAAGAUCUUUACAAUUACAUUGAUGUUAAACUCAACGAUUUAAAGAUCACGAUUGUGAAUUCUGACCAGUCACAAAAGCUUUCUAUUCUUGAGAAAUUUAGUGCUUCAUUAUUCAUGGCUUUCUGUGUCAUCCCUGAUGAGUCCAUUUUGAAGCAGUUAGAGGUUUAUGUGCUCAUAGAAUCACUGAAAGCACACUUCUCCCCUUCAGUAUAUGGUGCAUUCAUUGAAUUGGGCACUUAUCUGGACUCACUGCUUGUAAGGGGUGAAUCUGAAUUGAACUGUGUUCAUCCUCCUAAUAUUGUUUCGGAUAAGUCGACAUAUUCUACUUUUGGUAUAUCCAUUAUUUCAAGACUAGGUUCAGUCGAUCUAGAAGUUGACCUUGAAAAUAGAGGAGAUAACAGCUCUGUGCUCAUGAUUUCUAUGCAAGAUAUUUAUGUACGGUAUGCUUCUGCUGAUUUUGACGAGUUAUUUAUCAGCAUGAAAUCUUUGAUGAUCUGUGCUUAUAAAGUUAAGGAUGAAAAAGACGGAUGUGUUGUGCUUUUAUCAGGGAGUUUAUCAUCUCCUGGUGUUUCAGUCCCAGGACAUUCUUUUCCUGAACCACGUAUUGAAUUUGAUCAAUAUUCUGAUGCAGCUAUGUUGGCUGAUGCAUGUUUUUCAAUGCACUAUGAAUCUCCUAGAACUGAUUUAGUAAUACUGCUAAUAUCUCAAAAACCUUCUCAAGCUUUGGGUUGGAAAAGUUUGGAUUCUCAAACUAUUUUGAAGCUGGUUCCACUGAUUCUGCAUGCACUCCAUUUGAUUGCUUUCCGUUUGUUACAAUUUACAAUUCUGGUCCUCUUGGUAAUCUAGAGAGCUCACUCAUAUAUGCAAUUCCAGAGUGGAGAAAAUAUUUUACUCUGAGGGACA